AUGUGGGCGGCGUCGUGCCUGGCGUCGUGCUGCGCGGCGUGCGCGUGCGAGGCGUGCCGGACGGCGGUCGGCAGCAUCGGCCGCCGCUCCGCCCGCAUCGCCUACUGCGGCCUCUUCGCGCUCUCCCUCUUCGCAUCCUGGGCGCUCCGCGAGGUCGCCGCGCCCCUCCUCCAGUCGAUCCCAUGGAUUAACCACUUCCACAAGACCCCCGACCGCGAGUGGUUCGAGACCGACGCGGUGCUCAGGGUCAGCCUCGGCAAUUUCCUCUUCUUCACCAUCCUCGCCGUCAUCAUGGCUGGGAUAAAGGACCAGAAGGACCCCCGUGACAAGAUCCACCACGGCGGAUGGAUGGCCAAGAUCUUCUGCUGGGCCGUCAUCGUCUUCCUCAUGUUCUUCGUGCCCAAUGGUGUCGUCAGCUUCUAUGAAUCUAUAUCCAAGUUCGGAUCUGGCCUGUUCCUUCUCGUUCAGGUUGUUCUGCUGUUGGAUUUUGUGCACGGAUGGAAUGAGAACUGGGUGGCCAAGGAUGAGCAGUUCUGGUACAUGGCUCUGUUGGUUGUCUCAGUUGUCUGUUACAUUGCCACGUUCUCGUUCUCAGGUCUUCUAUUUCACUGGUUCACUCCAUCUGGACAUGACUGCGGACUUAACCUGUUUUUCAUUGUCUUCACAUUGAUUCUUGUUUUUGCGUUUGCUAUUGUCGCCCUGCACCCAAAGAUCAAUGGAAGCCUGUUGCCUGCAUCGGUUAUUAGUCUGUACUGUAUAUAUCUGUGCUACAGUGGACUCUCCAGUGAGCCAAGGGAUUAUGAAUGCAAUGGGCUUCACAAUCACUCGAAAGCUGUGUCAACUGGUAGCCUUACAUUGGGACUCCUUACUACGGUCCUCUCUGUGGUCUAUUCUGCUGUCCGUGCUGGCUCAUCUGCAACUGUGCUCUCGCCACCGGACUCACCUCGUGGGACCGAUAAGCCAUUGCUUCCCUUCAGCAAGGCAGAUGAACAAGAAGAUAAGAAGGAUGUACCGAGGCCGGUGACGUACUCCUACUCUUUCUUUCACCUCAUCUUCUCCCUGGCCAGCAUGUACUCGGCAAUGCUCUUGACUGGCUGGUCAACUUCCGUUGGGGAGAGUGGAAAGCUUGUUGAUGUUGGGUGGCCAUCUGUCUGGGUCAGGAUUGCAACCCAGUGGGCGACGGCAGUUCUGUUCAUAUGGUCGCUUGUUGCACCCAUCCUCUUUCCUGACAGGGAAUUCUAG